AUGGGGGGACAGCAAGCUGAACGUAUCUCAAAAAUCAUUGGCUACAUGGGUCACACAAGGGUGGAUGCUCAAGGUUUUAGUGGUGGCAUAUGGGUCUUUUGGAAGCCUGAUCUUGUUACAGUAGAACCAAUACAUCAACACAAUCAAUACAUAACAAUGAAUAUCCAUAGAGUGGGCGAAGAAUCGUGGUACUUCACUGCUAUUUAUGCGAGUCCAGACCCGUUAAAAAGGAGUGAUUUAUGGCGAGAAUUAAAAGAUUUUGCUGCUACACAUAACAAGCCAUGGAUGCUUGCAGGGGACUUUAACGACACUAGAUUUGCUCAUGAAAGAAGUUCUAGUUGUCCUGAAACAACUAGGAGAACUGCUGAAUUCAACGAAUGGGUUGAAGAUAUGGAUUUUCUGGAAAUUGAAUUUGGUGGCCCAAACCACACAUGGGCAAGAGGGACUUCCUUGGAGACCCGUACCAGUGCUCGCCUCGAUAGAGCUUUAUGUAAUGCUGAUUGGAGCCUCCGGUUUGCUAACGCCGCUGCUAAAAACCUUCAUGCGGUCUAA